AGCCGUUUGGGCUCCGUGCGCAGAGCGUGGGCGUCCCGAGACAGCGGGGCCACGGCACCAUGGCGGACGACGACGAGGAGGAGGAGUCAUGUCCGCUGUGCAUGAACCUGCUGGACGAGACGGACCUCUCGUUCUACCCGUGCUCGUGCAAUUACCAGGUGUGCCUAUUCUGCGUCCAUUACAUCAUGGAGCAGAUGAACGGCAAGUGCCCUGCGUGCCGACAGGACUACGUGGAGGCCUCCUUCAGAUACGACGCCUCGAAGGCGCAGGGCCACCGCACCAAGGCGAAGGCGAAGGCCAGCGAGAAGAGCAGGCACCGGGCGGAGGAGAAGUCGCGCGAGGAGGAGGAGCGCGACCUCAGAGCCCGCCACGCGGAGCAGCUGAGGCAGCGGAAGGACAAGAAGGGUCGCAAGGACCUCAGUGAGAUGCGGGUGGUGCAGAGGAACGUCGUGCACGUCAUCGGCCUCACCCUGAACAUCGCCAAGGCCGAG